AUGAACCCUUACGUCCUUUCAAUUUUACUUAUGGGCCUAGGCCUCGGAACUACAGUAACAUUUGCCAGUUCACACUGGCUGCUAGCAUGAAUGGGCCUUGAAAUAAAUACACUCGCCAUCCUACCACUUAUGGCCCAACAUCAUCACCCCCGAGCCGUAGAAGCUGCUACCAAAUAUUUUUUAAUUCAAUCAGCCGCUGCUGCUACUAUCCUAUUUGCCAGCUCAACUAAUGCUUGACUGUCUGGUCAAUGAGAUAUUCAGCACAUCACUCACCCUCUUCCAACAGUAAUGAUCACCAUCGCCCUAUCCCUAAAACUAGGAUUAGCCCCUCUUCAUGCUUGGCUUCCUGAAGUAGUUCAAGGAUUGGAUUUAACAACAGGCCUAGUCUUAUCUACCUGACAAAAACUUGCACCCUUCGCCCUCCUCCUCCAGAUCUCUCCUGAAAUCCCCCUACUUAUUACCUCCUUAGGCCUUAUCUCAAUACUAGCCGGCGGGUGGGGUGGCUUAAACCACACCCAGCUUCGGAAGGUUUUAGCGUACUCUUCCGUUGCCCACCUGGGUUGAAUAAUAGUAGUGAUGCAAUUCUCCACCUCUCUGACAGCCUUAGCACUUUUGAUGUAUGUGAUUAUAACAACUUCUGCGUUCUUAACUUUUAAACUACUAAAAUCAACGGAUAUAAACAGCCUUGCAAUAUCCUGGGCUAAAACCCCCUCUGUUACCGCCUUGGCCCCUAUAAUGCUUUUGUCCUUAGGCGGCCUCCCCCCUCUCUCAGGCUUUCUACCUAAAUGGCUGAUUAUCCAAGAAUUAACUAAACAAGAAUUAGGGUUAGUUGCGACCGUAGCUGCCCUCUCUGCAUUAUUGAGCCUCUUCUUCUACCUCCGUGUGUGCUAUUGCCUUACAUUUACCUCUUCGCCUAACAACCUGGCGGGGGUAGCACCAUGACGGCUAGAAUCAAAGCAAAUUUCGCUCCCCUUAGCCACUUCAACCUCUCUCUCCAUUCUACUCCUGCCUAUCUCCCCCGCCAUCUUAUCCUUAACCCUUCCCUUGUUUU